UGCUGUAGCCGAGUGCCUGAGCCGGAAAGAGGAUUCUGUGGGGAGAGGAAGGGCCCAUAAAGGAUUGUGGGAAAGCGGACUCUUUCUUUCCGGUUGGUGGCAGCCAUCAGGCAGGCUAAGCGGGAGCCAGCAUGGGGGCCUACAAAUACAUCCAGGAGCUCUGGAGGAAGAAGCAGUCGGACGUGAUGCGGUUCCUGCUGCGCGUGCGCUGCUGGCAGUACCGCCAACUGUCUGCUCUGCACCGCGCCCCGCGGCCCACGAGACCCGACAAGGCGCGGCGGCUGGGCUACAAGGCCAAGCAGGGCUAUGUCAUCUACCGGAUCCGAGUUCGCCGUGGAGGGCGAAAGCGUCCGGUUCCCAAGGGCGCGACCUAUGGGAAACCUGUGCAUCAUGGUGUCAACCAGCUGAAGUUUGCCAGGAGCCUUCAGUCUGUUGCAGAAGAACGUGCUGGCCGCCACUGUGGAGCCCUGAGAGUCUUGAACUCCUACUGGGUGGGUGAAGACUCAACCUACAAAUUCUUUGAAGUUAUUCUUAUUGACCCAUUCCACAAAGCUAUCAGACGAAACCCCGAUACUCAAUGGAUAACCAAGCCAGUGCACAAACACAGAGAGAUGCGUGGGCUUACCUCAGCUGGCAGGAAGAGCAGGGGUCUUGGAAAGGGUCACAAAUUCCACCAUACCAUUGGAGGAUCUCGUCGUGCUGCUUGGAGAAGGCGCAACACUCUCCAGCUACACCGAUACCGCUAAUUGGUGUGCAUUAAUUUGUAAACUUAAAUGUUUAAUAAACAAAAUUCAGGAAA